UACAUGAACAGGACGACGGAACUAGUAAAAUGUUCUGGUGUCAUUUUCGAAAUGAACAGAUUAGAUCGUCAAAAUUUAGAAACAAUUCGACCAGUUUUGGCUUCAGGAGCAUUUUUUGUGAUUAUCUUCACGUUUCAAUUUUACAGUUGUCCACCAUUAGUCAUUGGAAUAUGGAUUCUUGCCUUUGGAGUUGCAGUAGGAUUCCUGGUGUUUAGUUAUUGUUCAGUUUUGCCCUCCCUACUAUUGCACUGGGGCCCUCCUAAAAAGUAUAGUGAAGAGGGUGAAAAGUUACAGACAUCUUCAUCCAAGCAGUGUACCAUUUGUGGUAAUAGUAGAUGCCAACGUCACAGACCGGAGAUUUCAAGGGACAAGCUUAAGCCAUGGGAAGAUCUUCUUAUUCCAGAAUCUGUAGAUGCUGCAUUACAAGAGUUUCUUGGUCUCUUACUUCAAAACUAUGUAUACAGCUGGUACAGGGAGUUAAGCUGUAGCGAAAUAUGUGUGGAUGAAAUCCGUACAAGCAUCAGAUACAUGGCAGCAGUGCUGUUAAAGAGAAUACAUAAGGUUGAUAUCCCAACUUUUGUUAUUAACAAUGUUGGCAAAGAAGGCUUGAAGCAUUUAGAAAUGUAUUUAACAACAAAACAGAAAGUCACAGCAUCAGGCUCUGUAGCCAACAUCCAGGCAGCCAUUUUAGAUCGCUUUGGACCCAAGUUGCAUUGUGCACUACAGAGUCGUCAAAUGGAACUUCACUAUCUGAGGAAACUGUCUGAGUCCAUUAUUCCUGUUUUAUUGCCUCCAAAUUCCUUGCAGUGUAGGAGUCUUUUAUCCUUACUUCGAGAACUGUUAGCCAGUGCAGUCUUUUUAACAGCAGUUGACAAACUAUCAGAUCCCGAUUUUGUGAAUAACAUACUUCUUCUAAUUUUGGACAAAGAACCAAUGGUCGCCUCAGAAGAGCCAGCGUCUCCCAAAGUUCCAUUACUAGCGAAGUUUGCGAAACCAAGGACUCCAGUCGUGAACUCGGCUCUUCAUCUGUCCAUAGCAGACAUACUUCACAGUCAGUCCGCCCUGUUUCCUUUCAUGCAGUUUAUGAAAAGCGAGGGAGCACUAAACAUUCUACAGUUCUGCCUUACUGCCGAGGAUUUCAAUAAAAGAAUUUUUGCUUCUGAAGAAACAGAAAAAGAGAAAGCAUCUAUUUUAAAAGAGGUCAGAGAAAUCUUCAGUUCAUAUUUUGACAUUGGGGCUGUGGACAGAAUAAACUUUGAUCCAGAAAUGGUUCAAGGGUUACAAGAAUGUAUUGAUGCUCCUGUUGACAAGAUGGAGAGACUGAAAAUAGCAUCCUUUCUUUCCAAGGCCUGUGAGUAUGCCUACAAUCUUCUAGAAACAACGUUUCUACCUCUAUUUUACCAGAGCGAUGAUUAUUUUACGCUAUUGUGUGGAAGCCGAUUGCCAGCCAAACCUUUAAACAAACCGACUUCAAGGGCUUCAAAGAAAAAGUUUGAUCCUUUGGCAGAGUUUUCAAGGUUAGCUGGAAAGUUGAAAGAUAAAGUAAUGAAUCCAAACAAAGAUGACUCACCGUAUGAAGACGACCCGUUUGAUAUCCCAGACACACCUCCGGAUUGUGACUGGGAAAGUGAAGAAGAAAAUGAAGGAGUGGAAGAAAAGGAGACGCGUGACCUCAGCUUGUGGAAGAUAACGAUUCCUCACGUGAUCAUGGAAACUAAACAGAAAUGUAUUUUUAUUAUAUCUGUGGAAAGAGCUGAUGCAGAAGAAGGUGCGUAUGCUGUAAAUAUACAUCAUUUACAAUUGGCGCUAUUCCGAAAUCAAAGUUCCUCUUUUUCGUCGUAGAACCUUUAGGUAUUCUAGAACGAUCAGAGCAUUUUCCAUCACAAAAUCAACGAAGACAGAAUUUACUUUUACCCAACAAAUGUGUCAUCCUUUUCAUCAGCAGGUUGUUGCACUAAAUAGUUUAUCCUUCAGCGACUUUGACCCUGUUUACCUGACUUUAUGUUUUGAUCGGAGAGGUGUUCUCUUCUUCUUAUAGUUUCCAUCUUUUUCAACCAAUGUUUCUACGCUCUCAUGAUUCCUGCUUCCGUUUCCGCCAAAUCUCUGGAUAUUUGUGCGAACUUCUUUUCCAAACUUACUGCUGCCUUUUGAGGUAUUUGCGUUUGUUCCAUGGAGGUUUGUAACCAUAAUGCACUUCGUGAAAGUCUUCGGUCGGUGAGUGCGAGCUGGUGAUUUAAAGUUUCAAGCCAAACGCGCAAUUUUUCAUAUUCCAUCAUCUUCUCUUCAGAGUUACAAGCCAGGCUCUAUCAACGGUGUAUAUAGUUUUCAAAUAAUCAAAGCGACGCUGGCCACCUUUUGAAAUAAAAAAGGUAUAGUUUCAGCAAAAAGUGGCUUUCUUUGCAACAAAGUCGAUAACAAGCUGACGAUAAUUAAAAGUCAAAAUUAUAAUAACUAUUACUAUUUUAAGCUACCAAUUUCAACAUAAGAACGGUUCAUUAAGAUGAAACAUGCUCUUCGACAAAGGGUUCAAUGCGAGGUAUUUUUAUUCUUACUGUUUCCACUGAAGUGGUUAGGUAUUUUUCCAUAGCUAUGUUCGAGGUUCCUUCGAGUGUCCGCUCAUUCCACAGUUACUUUGCGAG